AUGACAGAGUCACAAGCCCCAUAUUCAAAUAUCUUCCCCCGCGGACAUGAAAUACCAGAACGACUAGACGAACAACAUAUCAUCACGACUAAAACCUUCGGCUUCCUCGUCCAUCCGAACAUCCCACUCACCUCACCCGAUCUCAAAAUAGCAGACAUAGGUGCAGGCACUGGAGCCUGGCUACUCGACGUCGCCAACAGCCUACCAUCGACAUGCCAACUUACCGGCUUCGACGUCUCAUCAUCCGCCUUCCCUCCAUCUCAAACCUUACCCCCAAACGUGGCAUUCAAGAUUCAGGACAUGCUCCUCCCCUUCCCACCUUCGGAGAUAAGAACCUACGAUAUAGUCGCAGUGCGCUUCGUUAGCGUUGCAACAACGCGAAUAGAGUGGGCUCGCGCGAUUAAGAAUCUGAUCACGCUGUUGAGACCGGGUGGCUGGCUGCAAUGGAUCGACUCCUGCAAUUUCGCACUCUACAAUUCCGUUCCUGGAACUUCUCGCGCAGCGUGCCAGGAGAUGUAUGACGGUCUAGAGCCGUUUCGCUCCAAAAAUGACGUCGCGAUAGGCAUGAUGAUGAGAGAGCCGAAGAAUGUGAGGAGGGAAGAUGUAUUUCGUGGAAUAGGCUUGGUUGAUGUUCACGAGGAUGUGUUUUCGACGGAUAGGCUGCAGGAUCCCGAAUUACAGCUGAGAGAUAAGGGAACCAGGAAUGUAAUCGCUUGCUUCAUGGGAUGUUUGGAGAGCUUGGUGGAGGUAGAAGGGAGUGGUUGGAGCAAGGAGAGGAUUGAGAGGGUGAAGGAGGAGGCGAUGAGGGAGGUUGAUAAGGGGGUUUAUCAUACCCUUGAUCAGGUGUGCAUUAUUGGGAGGAAAGCUUGA